UCGAUAGUCCGAUCGCCAUCUUUUAUUGAAAGAACUGACGCUACGAAAAUCCAUUUAGGAAAUUUGGUGAAAAAAGGGUUUCGCUCCUGCAAAUCGUGAAGUUCCAUUUUUUACAAGACUGUUGCAACUGUUAUUUAGACAUGGAUCGUGGCGGCUAUGGUGGUGGUGCCGGGCAGGGAUAUAAUAAUUUCGCUGUCCCCCCACCGAACUACCAACAACAGCCAAAUAAAACUGGUAACUACAACGAACCACCUCCGAACUACAGCAAACAGGGCGGUGGUUAUGAUUCCGGUGGUCAUCGUGGUUCUGGCGGCGGCGGCAGUGGCGGCGGCGGCGGCGGCUCAUGGAACGACAGAGGCAACUCAUACGGAAAUGGAGGCGCCAGCAAGGACAGCUACAACAAAGGACCCGGCGGCGGCGGUGGAUACUCGGGCGGCGGUGGAGGUGGCGGCGGUUCCAGCGGCGGGGACAUGAUCACCCAGGAGGACACAAUCUUUGUCUCUGGCAUGGAUCCGAAUGCCACUGAAAAUGAUAUUGAGACGCACUUUGGUGCCAUUGGCAUAAUCAAGAAGGACAAGCGCACAAUGAAGCCCAAAAUUUGGCUCUACAAGAAUAAGGAGACAGGCGCUUCUAAGGGCGAGGCCACAGUGACCUACGAUGAUACCAAUGCCGCUCAGUCCGCCAUCGAAUGGUUCGAUGGCCGUGAUUUUAACGGCUGCACGAUCAAGGUGUCGCUGGCGCAGCGCCAGAAUAACUGGAACAAGGGCGGCGGCGGCCGCGGUGGCUUCGGUGGUCGCCGUGGCGGCGGUGGUGGUCCUGGUGGCGGUGGCGGUGGCCGCUUUGACCGCGGAGGUGGUGGUGGCGGCGGCGGAGGAGGCGGCGGCGGAAAUCGUUUCGACCGCGGCGGCGGUGGAGGUGGUGGCGGCGGAGGCGGCGGCAAUGUGCAGCCCCGUGACGGGGAUUGGAAGUGCAAUAGCUGCAACAACACCAACUUUGCCUGGCGCAACGAGUGCAACCGCUGCAAGACGCCUAAGGGAGAUGAAGAUGGUUCCGGUGGCGGCGGCGGUGGCGGUGGUGGCUACGGAGGCGGCAGUGGCGGUGGAGGCUACGGCGGCGGCAUGAAUGACCGUGGCAACGAUCGUGGGUCCGGCGGUGGUGGAUAUCAGAACAGAGACCGUAACUCUGGUGGAGGCGGUGGCGGAUAUUCGCGCUACAAUGACAACAAUGGCGGUGGAGGUGGCGGUGGCGGCGGCCGUGGACGCGGAGGAGGAGGCGGUGGCGGAAACAGACGUGAUGGCGGUGGACCGAUGCGCAACGAUGGUGGAAUGCGCUCCAGGCCUUACUAACCGGGUGCGAUUUAAGGGCGGAACACAUUUUUUUCACAUUUACGUAUUAAUUGUAGCGAGUACUCUCUUUUAAUGUACUUUUAAAUUUACGUCAGAGCAAAAUCCAAAUGCCAACGCAUACUUACUUUCAACCGAUUUUUCGCCAAACCUAAACACACCAACACAAACACAUGCAAAGGAUGGUCCGGUUAUAGCUCGUUUCGACCUAGAAUAUACAUUUAUAUGUAAUCUAAUUUAACAACUGUAACUAAUAUGAUACAUACAAAUAAAAACGUAUAUAUAUAACUCAUCUAUAUACACGAAA